AUGCUUGUUAAGGCGUUUUACCAGGCCGAAAAGCCUGCCGUGGUUGCUCCGUCGGCAGGGACUUGCGAUGACUUGGAAUGCUUCGACUGGUGCCCGUCUUCGCCCAUCUCCGCGCUCACUCAGUCCUUGCCAUCCCUAUUCCCACCCUCAUCUCCUUACGCAUGCAUCUCGGAUGCCAUGGAGGCGAUGGAAGAAGAAAAGCCUUCCGCGGAUUUCCGCUCAAACGACCCCCUGAUGUCUACCAGCGAUGGCGAGGUGCUUCUGUCGCAAUGGGAUGCAACACCUCAAGACGACGCGCGUCACUUAAGCACUCCUGUGACUUCCGUGUCGACUCGCAAGCGGCGUCUGGACGCUGGUGGCACCAACUCGGGCGCGAGCAGCAGUGACUGCUGCGACGGCGAGCGCUGCGGCGUUGCGGCUCCCACGCUUCGCCUCCCCAUUCAAGGGGCGCCACCUGAGAGUUGCGGGGCCUGCGCGGACUGCACAGAAGGCGCAAACCCGCGGUUUUCCGCCGACAAUCCGAUUGCCAACGACGUGGAGCGCGCUCCAGUCGCGCACCCCGGUGACACGAGCAAGGGUAUCGCAGCCAUUGCCGCAACACCCGGCAGGCCGUCGAGCUGCCGUCCUCGGCCGCUCCCCGCGUCCAUGCGGCUAACUAUGGCGGACAUCAAAUGCGUCAUCGGACUCAAAACUGCGCCUCCCACCAAAAAACCACGGAAAGGAGAAGUCGCCGCACUAGCAACGCAACCGUGCAGUGCUGGUAGUAAGCCGCGCUUGGAGCACAUGCGCGCAGGGUCGCCGCAUCGCGCAGCAUCGCCUCUUCCGCACCCCACGCGAGCCAACCUUCCCCACUCUCGCUCUUCAGCUGGUAUCGCCAUUCCUUCGGAUCAAGUGCCGCUCGAGCCAUCUCGCUGCCUCCCAGAUGUUUCCGCUACCCCCGACCGCUUCGGCGCGCCGCAACUGUCUUCUCCGGCCGGUUCUCCUCCGACUGCGUCGCCACUGGCGGAAACAGUUGUGCCGUGUCAGUGUGACGGGGUGGACGCCAACGGCUACUCAUCGCUGUGCUCUCCGUGCUGCUGCCCGCCGCCUGACUCCAUGCACGGCGCACCCUGUAUGCCGCCCCCCGCAACCUACCUUCCAUCUGCCAUUGCAGCCUCGCCCUUUUCAGCUGCCGCAGCAGCAACUGACCCCCACUGGGCGGGGCUUGGUGGCAAGAUGGGCAACAGCAGCAGCAGUCCGGAUUUGGAGGCCGUGCUCCCCCCGGCCGCCCACCAGCUGCCCACCAUGGCAUGCGCCAGUGCGCGCUUCCUCCACUCGCCGCUGCUUGCACCACCCCAGGUAGCUCCCUACCCUCACAUACUCGGCAUGGGGAUGGGCGUGGACGCGGGUAUGAUGGGGUGUGGGUUCCGAGUAGGAGCAGUGGGUUUGGAGUGCGGGGGCAGCGAGGAGGAAGGAUGCACUUGUGGUGGCGCGAGGACAUGGGAUAGGGAAGAGCUUGAACUGGGGCAGACUUCAGGCCCAUGGCUGUCCAUGCCACGAGCAGCAGCUAACGUUGAGCUCCCCCCAUGGCUCUCGACGCCCGCCGGCCACGUUCACCCUCUGCAUUGGCAGCGAAACCAGCUCCAGCAACAGCAAGAAGUGGAUGCAUACUCUGUGCCUUUUCCGAUAGUGGACCGUGCUAUGCCAUGGGAGGCAAACGAGCAUGCUGGUGUUGCUGGGCCCUCAACCGGGGGGCUUCUUUGGCAACACAAAGAUGGCGGUGCUGCAGAGUUCACAAAGCGAACAGCUCUCAGUCCUGUUGACAAGUUUGCUGCAAGAGAUGGGGACACAGAAGUGGGACAAGAUGCGCCGCACCAGGUCACGGAACUAAAGCAGGGGACCAAGGGAGACCAUGCAAGUUCAGGCGAUGAAAAGGAAGUCAAAAGAAAGGAGUCAAAUCGCGAAUCUGCUAGACGGAGUCGAAUGCGCAGACAAGAUAUGAUGGAUCGGCUUCAUGAAGAGACUUCACAGCUUCGCCAGACGAACAGAAGUGUGCUGGAACAAGCAUCAAGAACAGAGGAGCAGCUGAAAGCGUUGAAGGCUGUUCACCAAAGGCUGAAAGACGAAUGUGAAGAAGUUAGGAAGCAGAUUGCUGCAGCUGGAGUGGUCCAAAAGGAGGCCUGA